UUAGAAACGUCAUUUAAACAUCAAAAAUUAUUGAAGCUUUUGUAUCUAAGUAAUAAAAAUAAACGCAAUCAUGGAAUCCGAAUUGAGACCAGAAGCACCGGUUUAUAUUCCUCCGCAUUUGAGAAAUGGGGCUACAAGAUGUUCGCUUGAUUCUAUAAAAUCAACGCCCAGUCCAAAUAGCAAAGAAUCCCAAUGUUCCCGGUAUUCAAGAAAACCGAUUAGAUCCGUCGCCAGUCCUAACAGUCCCAGACCUAUUUUAGGAACGAAAUUGCCAAGACCUAUUCUGGGUAGGAAAUUUGAUACGGAAGUAAACGAAUAUCAAGAUGGCGAAGAAUACAUUGGGAGAGAAUUUAGAAGGAGCUUUAAGCGGUUAAGUAUGAAAAGUGAUUCUGUCGUUAAGGAAGAUGAGGAAAGGAAAAAGAUAGACUGAAAAUAUUAGUUUUUAAGUUAUUUGAUUGAUAAGUGUUGAUAAAAUUGUUAUAAUCAAAUUUUAAAUACAAAACUGGUAUGAGAUUUUAAAUUCCGAUAAAAAUAUUUAUAACUUGUAAGGAAUUUCGAUCGUAGGAUAAUCAACGUAACUAUAUUUUCUUUAAAACAAAAUGUCAUUUUAAUAUUUUGUUAUUAAAGUUUUGUUAAGGAACA